AUGGACUCUCUCGACGCUGCUGAUCCUCGCGUUGCAGUAGCCACCAUUGUAAAUACGGCACUGUAUUCUUCAUACUCACAUCUAAUUUCACACGGACUUCCCUCGCAGCUUAAUCAUGCGUUGAAUGUACUGAAAAGUGUCAUUUUGGAGAAGCAGGACUGCCCAAUCCUCGCCGUGAAUCUACGGGUGAACUACGAGUUUACCUUCAGCAACCUCUCACUCAUCUCUCUUGCUGAUGCUAGCUUUAUGGCUUGUGCGAAAAGGAUUUGCCCAGGCCCUGUAACGAAGAUGCUCAUUCUGUCGUUUGCCUCUGCUAUCCAUGAGAAUGUCUCAGGGGUUGUUUUGGCUAGUUCUCUGGUCCAGAAUAUUCCCUGGUCCGUCAAUGUACCUCUUAGCUACUUAGCCAACGUGUUCCAGACUUUCUCAGGGCUUAUAAAAGCUUCCGAAAGCAAACUUGCCCGCGUUCUUUACAUGUGCGUCAGUGUGGUGCUUUUUACGCUCGAUCAGAGAAACUACACAGAGGAGCUUCCGUUUGAUGCAGCACGAGCCAAGUUGACAUCCAACGCGCACAUUUCUAAAGCAACACCCAUCAUACGCGAAAGCAUUCGUUCUCUGCUCUGGUCAUUAAGCUGCAUUUAUGCGUACUAUCUCUUACAGCACACCAGGGGUCAGGCUGACCCAGUCCGUGCGCAGGAGCUCUUGGUUUCUGUUUACGAAGACUUCGGAGAUCUCUUAAGCGGGGUACUUUCUCCACUAGAAUGGCGUGCGCCCGAACAUACUGUACCGGUUCAUUUUUCGUUUCUCUCAGAAUCAGAAGCUAUGCGGAUAACGAAUGAUGUAUUAAUACAGCGUGCUUUUGUGAUGAGAACGAUUGAUGAUGAAGAAGAGCAGAUUCUCAGUGAGAUAGAUGCCUGGCAAAGGACUGAAGAGGCAGCGCACGCAGAGGAGGCCUUUUUCCAGGACAAGCCUCUCGUAAUCGCGGACACUGGGCAGAGGAUACGUAGACACGGAUCUCAUUCUUCAGCUGCGCACGAGAUGAAGGUACCUCUUUUUCCAUUAAAGAAGUUUCAAGAGGCGAAGGAUAGUGAUGAAACCUAUACCUCUGACUCUUAUUCCUUUGGAGUAACGUUUUCUGAUGUCGAUAUCAUACAGCGUCACAUGGGCCCAGACUUCUGUAUUCCUUUACGUGUCACUUUCUAUGGUAUGCUGGCUGUGCUUGUUGACGACUCAGUGGAGACGGUGCGAAGAAUGGCAAUUUAUGUGUGCAACACCAUUAUGGGAACAAUCAUUCAGCGCCUUAAUUCGAUUGAUGACAUAUUACAACUGGACGGCUCCCUUCUUUCUCCAUCUACUCUCGACAGCCCGCAUGUAAUAGCUAAAUACUGCAAGGUUAUUACGCUUGCUCCCUACCACAUCCUUCGUGAGAUACUAUACAUUAAUCAGGCUUUGCUCGCUGAUUCAGCCAUUGCGGUCAAGUAUCUAAUGGGAGCCAUGCGUUUUAUGUUAGCAGAUCUAAAGCCGUGUGACUUUCUUGCUGAUCUUUCUAGCAACAUCAGGGCAAACACCUCUCUUGAUUCUCAUCACUUAACUAAGAGAAACAUGACAUUUUUAUUUUUGGAUUCUAUUUUCUAUAAGCUUAUGUUACAGAUUGUUCACAUGUCAGAUUUAACGUCAGAUAUCAUUGACACUUUGUUCUUGGGAUAUUUCCCAAGACUUUCUGUUUUUAGCACUCCGGGAUCUUAUGACUGUUUGGGGAAAAUAAGGUUCUAUCAAAAUCGGUUGCGGGAUAAGAAGCCGGUUCCAGAGAUCGGAGAACUUAUUCGGGAAGACAUAAGCAAAGGAAUUGAUGGGAUAUAUCACCUGCUUCAAAUAUUCAAUAUGUUCUACACUGAUCUGCGAGCAGUACCCCUUCCACCCGAGCUUCUGAAGCACCUGCGUGAGGCGUGCUAUCUGGGGGCUUUCAUUUGUGGCUCUCGCCCCUUCCUUUGCGAGCUUUGUUGCAGCCCGCUACUAAUGGGCUCCAAUCAGGCACUUUCCAACGCAUUUUGCUUAGACGUAUUCGAUGUCAAGACUGUCCAGUUAAAGCUGCGUGAAACUCUCCACGACUCUGUCAUGGACAGAUUGGGCAAGGGCGAGUUUUGCAACGAAAUCCGCGUGGCAUUUCUUUGGGGUUUUCUUCUUGCUCUUAGAUACGCUCCCCCGUCCAUUCAGUUUGUAUGCGAUCAUCCUUGUUCUCCUUCUGCAGAGAGCCUUCGUUCAUUUACUCAAUAG